CCUCUCUCUCUCUAAAGCGUUUUACGGACAUUAUAUUCUCUCUCUCUUCAAUCUCAACUAAAAUGAAGCAAAAGAUAGUAAUUCGAGUGUCGAUGAAGAGGGGGGCUAAGUAUCGUAGCCAAGCCUUGAAGAUUGCAGCAUCUGUUUUGGGGGAUAUUGAGACGAUUAGCUUGGUGGGUGAUGACAAGGAUAAAAUAGAGGUAGUUGGAGAUCUUGACCCAAUUGAACUCACUGAGAUGCUGAGAAAGAGAUUCGGUUGUGCUCAGCUGGAGUCGGUGAGUGUGGUCGAAGCCAAAAAGGAAGACGAAGACGUGAACAAGGACAAGGACGAAAAUGAACCUCAGAUAACUUGGACGUGCUCGUGGGGGGUGCCUCAUCAAACUCCUUAUUGCUAUUGCUACCAUUGCCCCUACCCUUCCUAUUCCAUAUGGUACAGUGAUUCAUGAA